AUGGCAGAAGAAGUGGAUUACACGAACCUACCACUUGAGGAGAGAUUGGAUCACAAAGUAUGGAAGGCGCGAUUGAGUGCUUAUGAGGAACUCUCGAAACAAUUUGAGUUGUCACGUAAUGAUCACGAUCCUGUGUUUACGAGUCAGCCACCAGAUGUAUUCAAGAAAAUUUUGACAGAUUCCAAUGUCGUGGCACAAGAAGCUGGAUACAGGGCUUUUAUCAACUAUUUGAGAUUUGGAGGCAACGCGUCUGUGGCGAGUCGCCUUGUUAAAACUAUUGGAAUCGUUCAACCAAUUUGUGAGAAGGGUUUAUCUUCUUCAAGAAAGGGUACGAAGGAGAGCGCUAUUGAGAGUAUUUUGAUAAUGGUUGAAUACAUUGAUACCCCUGAGUCAUUAGUUGAGGAGAUUACUCUGCAUCUUGGAAAUAGGCUUCCGAAAUUGGUUGCUGGUUGUGUGACAGCAUUGGAUGCAAUUUACGAGAAUUUUGGUUGCAAGAUAGUUCCUCCCAAAGCAGUCAUUCCGUCAUUGGGUAAAUUGUUUGCGCAUGCAGAUAAAAACGUUCGAUCAGAGACUACCAAGUUGACAGUGGAAUUGUACAAGUGGAUGGGAGAAUCAUUAACUUCCAUUUUGUUUCCCGAUUUGAAACCUGUGCAACAAAAAGAUUUGAUUCUGGCAUUUGAGGCAGUCAAGAAUGAGAAACCACAGCAAAAGAGAUUGACCAAGACCCAAAAGGAUGAACUAGCCAGAGAAGAAGGGGCCAGUGCUGCAUCUAAGUCACUGGGACAGGAAAAAGAAGAUGUGGAAAUGAACGACGCGACAGUACCUGAAACCAAUUACGAUCCAUUGGAGUUUGUUGACCCGGUGGAAGUGUUGAGCAGAUUGCCAGGAGACUUUGAAACCAGGAUAUCAUCUGCGAAAUGGAAAGACAGGGUCGAAGUUUUGGAAGAGGUUCAGGCGGUACUUGAGAAAUCUCCAAAGUUGGUUAAGAAUGAGGAUUACGCUCCACUUGUGAGAAUAUUUGCAAAAAACAUGGACGAUGCUAACAUUCAAGUCGUUCAAUUGGCUGCGACCUGCGCAAACCAUGUCGCCAAAGGAUUGGGCAAGGAUUGGACGAAAUAUCAACCAAUCAUUCUCAAACAGGUUAUAGAGAGAACCAAAGAGAAAAAACCAUCUGUAGCAUCAGCAUUGGACACCUUUUUGGAUACAAUGUUCUCCAUAUCUGGACUUGGUGGCUCGAUACUUGAAGAGGCUGUGGCAGGGACGACACUUAAAGUCCCCCAAAAUAAGAUUGCGUGUGCUAAUUUCCUUCAAAGGUGCCUUGCCCACGUUUCUACACCACCGAAAUCAACUGAGGUUGAGAUGAUUAUGCCGGCGGGUCUCAGAUUACUCAGUGACUCCCAACAGCUGAUCAGAGAUGCGGCUACGGAGUUGAUCGGGACACUCAUGAAAAUAACUGGUGAGAGAGAAUUGAACAAAUAUCUUGACAAAACCGAUGACAAUAGGAGAGCUAAAAUAUUCAAAGUUUAUGAAUCAGCAACAGUGAAAUGCUCCUCCCCACAAGCUGGGUCUGCACCAUCAUCAAAUACUGUACCGAUUAAAAAGUCACUUUCAUCACGCACCUCACAACCGGGUAGGAUAUCUUCUUCCGGCUCGUCGACAAUACCUUCGAAACGUGAAGCCAGCUCACCUGCAAAGAGAGGUGACGACGGAAAGGCAUCUAACUUGGGCAAGGGGUUGACUUCGCGAUCAUUGUCCAAGCCAACGUCUACUUCACUUCGCCCUUCGAAAGCUAUUAAUUCAAACUCACUUUCAAGCAACCAUGUAAACUUGUCGCAUCCACAGGCUGUACAACGUGCUUCUACGCCACCACCAGCAGCACCACCUCAAAUUGAAUAUGUUGUUGAUCCAAAGAUGGAGCAAGAGUUGGAAAAAUUGAGACAAGAAGUAAAGAGGUUCCAGGAGCAGCAACAACAAGAUCGAUCGUUGAUCCACCAACUCAAUCAAGAAAACGUGUCUUUGAAGGAGGAAGUCAGCUCAUUAAACUCCCGACUCGAGAACGAAAUGCGAUCCAGCUCAAUCGCAAUUAGUCACAAAGAUACACAAGUCAACAAUUUAAAGAUAGAAUUGGAUAAAGUGAACCAUAGAGUGAAAGAUCUUGAAACUGAAAGAGAGAUCAACAAACUCCAACAGUCUAAUCAAACUUAUCUUGCUCGCGAAGUCGUACAUCCAGAUCAUGACAACUCCAGCAACCGGGAACCAGAUAUAAGAAAAGGCGUUCACAGAUUGUCAUUAACUGAACUGGACCAGCAAAUCAAACACCCCUCAGCCGCAGAGAAAGGGGGAAUUGGGUACAACCGACCUUCGUUUCAUUCGAUAUCUAGCAAUCGAGAAAAAUUGGAUGUCGAUGCCGGUGAUGAUUGGAAACGAGCAGCAGAGGUGACUCAGCAAUUGAAGAAAAGGAUCGAGAGAAUGAAAGCAAGAGCCAGGACCCCUUUGAAUGUGGAAUAA